CCGGCGCUGCCGGUGUGGGCGGCCAAGCAGCGGCUGCUGUGCGCGCUGAGCGCCGGCCUGCCGGACGCGCUCAACUACGGCCUGUUCCAGCCCGCGGCCCGCGGCCGCGCCGCCAAGUUCCUGGACGAGGAGCGGCUGCUGCGCGAGUACCCGCUGGGAGCCGGCCCCGCGCCGCCCGGCCUCGAGUUCCGCUACAAGCGCCGUGUGUAUUCCCAGCCGCUGCUGGACGACAAGCAGUUCGCCAAGCUGCACACCAAGGCAAAUCUGAAGAAAUUCAUGGAAUACGUGCAGAUGCUGAACUUGGAGAAGGUUUGCCGGCUGCUGGAAAAGGGGCUGGAUCCCAACUUCCACGAUCCCGACACCGGAGAGUGCCCGCUGACGGCGGCGGCACAGCUCGAGCUCAGCUCCGAGAUGAUCAAAUCGCUCCGGAACGGCGGAGCCCACCUGGAUUUCCGGACCCGCGAGGGAAUGACGGCGCUGCACAAAGCCGUGAGGUGUCGGAAUCACGCGGCCCUGAUGACGCUGCUGGAUCUGGGAGCGUCCCCGGACUACAAGGACAGCCGGGGGCUGACCCCGCUGUACCACAGCGCCAUGGUGGGCGGGGACCCCUACUGCUGCGAGCUGCUGCUGCACGACCACGCCCGCCUGGGCUGCGUGGACGAGAACGGCUGGCAGGAGAUCCACCAGGCUUGUCGCUACGGGCACGUGCAGCACCUGGAGCACCUCCUGUUCUACGGGGCGGACAUGACGGCGCAGAACGCCUCAGGAAACACCGCCCUGCACAUCUGCGCCCUCUACAACCAGGAAAGCUGUGCCCGGGUUCUCCUCUUCCGAGGUGCCAGCAAGGAAAUCCGGAAUUACAACAGCCAGACGGCAUUCCAGGUGGCCAUCAUUGCAGGGAAUUUUGAGCUGGCGGAAAUCAUCAAAACCCACAAAGAGUCCGAUGUUGUGCCUUUCCGAGAAACUCCCAGCUACACCAAGCGCCGCCGGCUCCUCGGCUCCGGCGGGUUGGCGUCGCCGCGCGUCCUCCAGCGCUCGGCCAGCGACAACAACCUGAAGGCCGAGAGCCGCGCCUCGUACUCCCCGGUGCCGUCCCUCCGGAGCCUCCCGCCGCAGCUCCUGGUCCAGAUGCAGGAAGCGGCCUCUGGAAUGGCGGUCUCCUCCGGGAUGGCGACCGGAGACGGGAGCUUGGCCAGCUCGGGCAGCGGCCGCAGCGCCCACAGCCGCUCGCCCUCGCUGCAGCGCGUGCAGGAGGAGAGGGAGGCCGAGGCGCCCUCGCUGCGCCGGAGCAGCCGCGGCAAAGCCAGGAGCGGGAUUGGGAUCGGGAGCGGGAUUGGGAUCAAGAGCGGCAACGGGAUUGGUGUCGGGAUCAGGAGCGGGAGCGGGGUCGGGAUCCGGAAUUGGCCCCGGGACCAGGAGCGGGAUCUGGGAUCGGGACCAGGAGUGGGAGCGGGAUGCGGGAUCGGGACCAGGAGCGGGAGCGGGAUGCAGGAUCAGGACCAGGAGCGGGAUCCGGGAUCAGGACCAGGAGUGGGAUCCGGGAUGCGGGAUCAGGACCAGGAGCGGGAGCGGGACCAGGACCAGGAGUGGGAUGCGGGAUCAGGACCAGGAGCGGGAUGUGGGAUCAGGACCAGGAGCAGGAUGCGGGAUCAGGACCAGGAGCGGGAUCCGGGAUCAGGACCAGGAGCGGGAUCCGGGAUCCGGGAUCAGGACCAGGAGCGGGAUGCGGGAUCAGGACCAGGAGCAGGAUCCGGGAUCGGGACCAGGAGCGGGAGCGGGACCAGGACCAGGAGCGGGAUGCGGGAUCGGGACCAGGAGCGGGAUCCGGGAUCCGGGAUCGGGACCAGGAGCGGGAGCGGGGUCGGGACCAGGAGCGGGAUGCGGGAUCAGGACCAGGAGCGGGAUGCGGGAUCCGGGAUCAGGACCAGGAGCGGGAUGCGGGAUCAGGACCAGGAGCGGGAUGCGGGAUCCGGGAUCGGGACCAGGAGCGGGAUGCGGGACCAGGACCAGGAGCGGGAGCGGGGUCGGGACCGCGGGGGCGGCGGCGGCGGCGGCGGCGGCGGCGGCGGGAGCGGGGGCGGCCGGUGCGGCGGCGCUCCCGCCCGCCGGGGGAGGAGCCGCGGGCCGGCCCCACCUGCCCCGGGCCAUGGUGCGCCGGAGGGAGCGGAGCGGAGCGCGGGGCGGGCGGCGCCGCUGCGCCAUGGAGCCGGCGGUGGCGGGCGGCGGCCGCCCCGCAGCCGGUGCCGCUCCGGCCUCCGCCGCUGGCCGCGCCCGGGCGGCGCCGCCGGGGCCGCGCUGAGCCCCGCGGGGACCACCCCGAGCCCCGCGGGGACCACCCCGAGCCCCGCGGGGACCACCCCGAGCCCCGCGGGGACCGCCCGCGGCCAUGGCGCAGCCCGCGGGGCGCGGCGGGGCGAGCCGCGAGCUGCCGGGCAUCAGCACCGUCACCUACGUCCCCGCGCCGCGCCCGCCCCGCUGCGCGGGCCCAAGCGGAAGCUUUACAGCGCCGUGCCCGGCCGCAAGUUCAUCGUGGUGAAGAGCUACGCGCCGCAGGGCGAGGGCGAGAUCCAGCUCAACCGCGGCGAGGCCGUCAAGGUGCUGAGCAUCGGCGAGGGCGGAUUCUGGGAAGGAUCCGUGAAGGGCAGGAGCGGCUGGUUCCCGGCGGAAUGCGUGGAGGAGGUGCAGAUGCGCCAGUACGACUCCAGGCAAGAAACCAGGGAGGACCGGACCAAGCGGCUUUUCCGGCACUACACCGUCGGAUCCUACGACAACUUCACCUCCCACAGUGACUACAUCAUCGAGGAGAAGACGGCCGUUUCCAUUAUUAACUCCAUUAUUGAUUCCAUGAUUGAUGCCAAUAUUGAUUCCGUCUUGGAUUCCAGCACUGAUUCCAUUAUUACUUCCAUCAUUGAUUCCAUCUUGGAUUCCUUCAUUGAUUCCAUGACUGAUUCCAAUAUUGAUUCCAUCUUGGAUUCCAUCACCGAUUCCAUUAUUAGUUCCAUUACUGAUUGCAUCUUGCAUUCCAUAAUUGAGUCCAUCUUGGAUUCCAUUAUUGAUUCCAUCUUGGAUUCCUCCAUUAUUUCCAUCAUCGGUUCAAUCAUGAAUUCCAUCAUUGAUUCCAGCAUUGAUUCCAUUAUUAAUUCCAUGAUUGACUCCAUUAUUGAUUCUAUUAUUGAUUCCGUCUUGGAUUCCAGCAUUGACUCCUUUAUUCAUUCCAUUAUUGAUUCCAUCGAGUCCAUCAUUGAUUCCAGCAUUGAUUCCAUUAUUCAUUCCAUGAUUGACUCCAUUAUUGAUUCUAUUAUUGAUUCCAUCUUGGAUUCCUUCAUUGAUUCCAUUAUUUGUUCCGAUAUUGGUUCCGUCUUGGAUUUCAGCAUUGAUUCCAUUAUUAGUUCCAUCAUUGAUUCCAUCUUGGAUUCCAUAAUUGAUUCCAUCUUGGAUUCCAUAAUUGAUUCCAUCUUGGAUUCCUUCAUUGAUUCCAUGAUUGAUUCCAAUAUUGAUUCCCUCUUGGAUUCCAUCACCGAUUCCAUUAUUAGUUCCAUUAUUAUUUCCAUGAUUGAUGCCAUAUUGGAUUCCAAUAUUGAUUCCACCUUGGAUUCCAUCACUGAGGUGGGAGCAGGGCCAGGACGAGGGGUGGGAUUCCAAUCCAUGUGGAUUGUCCACAUGGGGACACGGAUCGACGCCGAGACCCCGAUCGAGGAGUUCACGCCCACGCCGGCAUUCCCAGCGCUGCAGUACCUGGAAUCCGUGGAUGUGGAAGGAGUCGCCUGGAGAGCGGGAUUGCGCACGGGGGACUUUCUGAUCGAGGUGAACGGAGUGAACGUGGUGAAGGUGGGGCACAAGCAGGUGGUGGCGCUGAUCCGGCAGGGCGGGAAUCAGCUCCUGAUGAAAGUCGUGUCCGUCAGCCGCAAGCCCGACUCCGAGGAGGGAUCCCGCAAAAAGGCGCCGCCGCCGCCCAAGCGAGCGCCCAGCACGACGCUCACGCUGCGCUCCAAGUCCAUGACGGCCGAGCUGGAGGAGCUGGCCUCCAUGCGGAGAAGGAAAGGGGAGAAGCUGGACGAGAUCCUGGCGGCCACCGAGCCGGCGCUGAGGGCGGAGCUGGUGGAGGCCGAUUCCAGGGCGGCCACGGUGAAACAGCGCCCGACCAGGAAUGGCGCAUCCCGGGGUCCUGGCGGGAACGGAGAAGCCCCACGUGUCCCUCCGGAAGGGAAUUCCACGGACCAAGUCUGUAGACUUUUCAGUAGUUUAGGCGAGCUCAGCACCAUUUCCCAGCGCAGCUCCGGCACCACCUUCACCGUGCGGCCCGGCAGCCGCUACCCCGUCACCCGCCGCACGCCCAGCCCCGUCAAAGCCGCGGCGCUGGAGCGGCCGGAGCCCCUCAGCACCGUCCGGCCCUACGGCCUGACGCCCCCCACCAUCCUCAAAUCCUCCAGCCUCUCCAUCCCCCACGAGCCCAAGGAGGUCCGCUUCGUGGUGCGCAGCGUCAGCGCCCGCAGCCGCUCCCCGUCGCCGUCGCCGUCGCCGGGGCCGCCGCUGCACACGCUGCACCCGCCGCGGCCCUUCAUGCAGAAGCCGCUGCACCUGUGGAACAAGUACGACGUGGGGGACUGGCUGGAGAGCAUCAACCUGGUGGAGCACCGGGACAAGUUCGAGGACCACGAGAUCGAGGGCACCCACCUGCCCGCCCUGACCAAGGAGGACUUCGUGGAGUUGGGGGUGACCCGCGUGGGGCACCGCAUGAACAUCGAGCGGGCGCUGAAGCAGCUGGUGGACAGCUGACCGCGUCCCGAGCCGCCGUGGGAAGGGCGGGGCGGCAUUCCCAAGCCAAGAAAACCCACCGGGAUUCUCCUUCUCCUUCUCCGAGCGCUGCACUGAGGGCGCGGAGCCGCCCCCCAACCCCCGGCUCCCGCCCGCCCCCG